CACACUCGCCUCGCCACCGGAGAACGCAACAUGGCGAAGACUUUGUUCUUGAUCGCUUUGGCGUUAGUGGCCGCGCAAGCCGAGCCCCCCAUCGGGCGCCAGUACCUUCCCCCGGGCGCCGCCGCGCGACGACUGCCGGCGACAGGGAGCAGGUUCACACCCUCAGCUCGGUACGGGGCCCCGGGACCUGCGUCAGGCCGCUUUCGGGACGUCUUCGGCGUGCCGUCCCUUCCGAACAGCUUCCUCGGCGCCGAUGCUCCGUCGGUCCGGUACGGCGCUCCUGCAGCCAGCAUCAGGUUUGCAGGUGCCGGUGCCCUUUCAACGCAAUACAGCGCGCAGGAACAACAAAGAAGAUUUUCUGCGGCCAAUGGACUCUCGUCUGAGUAUGGGGCACCAAUUGCUUCUGGAUCCUUUAGGAGCUCUGGUUUUCUGUCUGCCCAGUACAGUGGUCUUGAUGCCUCCAGCAGGUUUGGUAGAGUGAACGGUCUCUCCACCCAAUACGGUGCUCCCAGUGCCUCCAGCAGAUUUGGUGGAGUAAAUGGUCUCUCCACCCAAUACGGUACUCCCAGUGCCUCUAGCAGAUUUGGUCGACUGAACGGUCUCUCCACCCAGUACGGUGCUCCCGCCGCCUCCAGCAGGUUUGGUGGACUGAACGGUCUCUCCAGCCAAUAUGGUGCUCCCGCCGCCUCCAGCAGGUUUGGUGGAGUGAACGGUCUCUCCGCCCAGUACGGCGCGCCCGCCGCCGGAAGGUCUGGCCUCGCCAACACGUACGGCGCCCCCGCCGACUUCUCCCGCAACUCCGGACUGCCGGCCGCCCAGUACGGCGCUCCUCUCGCCGGCUACAGCGCCCAGGAGGACCCUCUAGCCGAGCCCGCCAACUACCAGUUCUCGUACGCCGUGCAGGACGAGGAGUCGGGUAGCGAGUUCGGGCAAGAGGAGACUCGGCAGCUGGAGACCGCCCAGGGCUCGUACCGCGUGCUGCUGCCGGACGGGCGGCUGCAGGUGGUGGAGUAUCAGGCGGACGAGGAGGGCUACAAGCCCGAGGUGCGGUACGAGGAGACGGCUGUGUCGCGGGGCGCCGGCGGGCCGUACCCCGCCUCCAGGGCGCUGCAGGGACCGUAUUGAUGACAACUUUACAGCUAUUUUAUUGAGUAAUAAUGUAAAUACAACGGCCUGGGCACAUAUUGCCAUUGGAUUCUUAGCUAUAUAUUAAGUUGGGUAUACAAAUACACAAUGCGGGCAAUUAAACUGAUUGUAAAAUAUUUUUUAAACGUUUAUAGUUAAUGAAUGUAGUAAAUGUUUAAAACAAUCGAAGGAAAAUAAAUUGUAUAAUUUCUUAUCUAGAUUUUUUUUAGGAUUAUGUAGUGAGUUCUGAAAUAAUUAUUUAUUUAAUUUAUUAACAUUAAAAUAAUAAAGUUUUUUUUAUUUUGCAA